CGCUUUCAUAAGCAACCCUCCGCGUAUCUACCUGAUUGCAUAGCCACUUACCCUUCCCUAUCAGUCCUCACUUGAGUCACUCAUCAGAGUCAUCUUAGACACCAGUCACGCCUUCCUACCUUCCGAGCACCUUCCGAGCUUAUUACCUCCUGCUGUCAUAACCAGCUUCCCUGUCACUCGCUCUCUGUCUUCUCUCAACCAAGCUACCUGAUCUACCUAGUCCCUACACCAAAGCUUCAACCAGUCCAUCAAGUCCUCACAGAGCAACCCAUAUCCCAACAGCUUACCCAUACCUUGACCACCUCCCGUAUACUCUCGGCCCAGCUUCAGGCAGCCAACAUGUCCGAGCAAACAUACACCAGCGACCUCCGCAGCGACGCCAAGGGCUUCAACCGCGACAAGAACAACCGGGUCAAGUGGGCGCAUGGCCAGUCCUUUGGCCCAGGCCGACGUGAGGAAGAUGCUCGCCCGCGUCCUGCUCGCGUCAUUCCUCACAUGAAGUCCGCUUUCCCUACUGCGACCACGGGCGGCAUGAAGGCUCGCACCGCCCUCAACAAGGACAUGGCCUAUGCCAGUGGCGAGUCAUCUGCCGACGAGGACGUCGAGCAUCCUUCUGUGGCACCUUCUCACGAUGCUGAGGUCGCCUACUCCUUCGACGCCACUCGUGGCCCGAGCCAUGGCAGCCAAAUCCUCAACCACGCGUUGGAGAAGGCGAUCGAGAAGUACGAGGUCAAGGAGACGGACAAGCUCAUCAAGAACGAGUACGAGGUGCUUGACGUGAAUGCGGAGAUGCUGUCCCCGCACCCGAAGAAGCGCAACGUUGCUCCUGAGGACGAGGACUACUUCUUCGUCGACGCAUAACUUCGCCGUUUGGCCCCUCUCUUUCUCGAUUACGUAUUCCCUCGAUCAUGAGUGAUUUCCGCAUACACUUCACCGGCGUUUCAUAGGUUCCUUAUCGACUUCGAUGUCGACUUCCAUCACUAGCGCAUGUUUUGGAUACUUGCAUUUUACGGUUCAUGGCAGCAUCAAUAGGUGGGCGUCUAGCGCUUUCUGAGGACUUGAGCAGCCCUAUACCCGCUUGGCUUGCUUCUACGAAUUUACGGUGUCGCAUGGUGGUAUGCGACAGGGAGGAGGAUUGGUAGUCACUGGCCUGUACUGUUACUCCAUGAGCAUGGGUUGAUUUACUUAUCCUGCCCUCCUAAUACACAUAUCAGUGGGUCGCAUGAAUUCAUGCUUCUCCAAUCAC